AUGAGUUCGCAAACGAAAUCUCCAGCCAGUGCACCGACCGUGCUGUUGCUCUCACUCCCGCCUAAGACCUUGGUUGGCAUAGACCUCUUGUCUUUCAACUCGUCGCCCAACUUCCACGGCAUCACCAACAUCCCAUAUGGAGUGCAUUUCGUGUACACGGGGACGCACGCCUCACUUUCCAUUCGUCAAGGGCGAUGGCUUCGCCUUACUGCCAACGGACCGCAAUCUCUGGUUCUGAGAUGGAACAGUGACACGGAGACGUUGGACUUACUGGACCACGACAGCAAGAUGGCGCAGAGCGCCAUUGCGUCCGUUUCGAGUCAAGGCAUGGUCGACUACACAGCUCUGCAGGAUGCGACUUCUGACCUGGCCACGCGAGAGUCGGAAGCGAACACCACAUCGGGACGCCCGUCUGAAGAGCGAUCUGAGAGCACCGACUGGCCGCAGCUCUCGAGCCACAUAUCCCGUAGGCUCUUCGAGCGCGUCCUGUCUUCUGAAUGGGUCGUGUCGUCGGUCUCUUCAGCUCCUAGUGACACAGAACAAAUCCCGGGCCUGUCGCACCUCGAGGCCAACAACGCACUCCACCAGUUGCCGUUGAAUCUGUUGCCGAUCAACCUAAAGCAGACUUGGGACGGCGGCGACAUUGGCCGCACAAGGACCGACAGGGCUAGAGAUAGGAGCUGGUACCUAGGCCAUUUGAUCGACAGCCUCACGCCGCCGAAGGUCGAUAGGGCACUGGGUGCGAAAGAAGUCCUGGCCGAGCUUCAAUUCUGUUUUCUUAUGGUUCUCACGCUCGCGAAUUACAGUUGUCUCGAGCAGUGGAAGAGGCUACUCAGCGUGUUGCUCACCUCUCAAAGCGCUCUGUUGGAGGUUGAGGCGUACUUUGUGGAAGUUGUCAAGAUACUGAGCAUACAGCUGAGACAUGUCGAUGAUGUAGAGGGAGGCUUGUUCGAGUUGAGGGAUGAGAAUGCCAGUGCCUGGCUGAGAAUGCUCUGGGGACGGUUUAGGGGGCUUGUAGAUGAGGCUUAUGCUGAUGAGAAGGAGAAGGGGAAGGCUCUACGAAAGGAGGUGGAUGCGCUGCAAAAGUUUCUCCAGGGCAGGUACAGCUGGCAGAACGAGAGGGAUAUCUUGAGGAGGGGAAUGGUUCAGCUAGAGGAUGGCGAGAGCGUCGAGUUGGCCAUGCAGGGCGCCGACGAGGACGAAGAGACGGGAGAAUAUGCACCACUUGUGGUGGAGACAUAG